AUGGAUUCACAAGGUCGGAAGCUUAUCGUCGUUGACAAUGGAACUGGAUUUGUCAAAUGUGGUUAUGCUGGAACCAAUUUUCCUGCGUACAUAUUUCCGUCAGUGGUAGGACGUCCACUAGUACGAUCGUCACAAAAAGUCGGCAAUAUAGAAAUUAAGGAUCUUAUGGUUGGUGAAGAAUGUACUCAGUUAAGGCAGAUGUUAGAAUGCAGUUAUCCAAUGGAAAAUGGAAUAGUCAGAAAUUGGGAUGAUAUGGGUCAUGUAUGGGACUAUACAUUUGGUCCAGAAAAAAUGGAUAUUGAUCCAAAAGACUGCAAAUUACUGCUUACUGAACCACCGUUGAAUCCAACUGGUAACCGUGAGAAACUUUUUCAAGUUAUGUUCGAACAAUACGGUUUCAAUUCCCUCUAUGUUGCUGUACAAGCAGUAUUGACACUUUAUCAUCAAGGGUUACUUACGGGUGUUGUUGUUGAUAGUGGUGAAGGUGUAACACACAUUUGUCCAGUGUACGAAGGAUAUGCUUUAAAUCAUUUGACGCGUCGUUUAGAUAUUGCUGGACGUGACAUCACUCGUUAUCUAAUUAAGCUUUUGCUACUGCGAGGUUACGCUUUCAACCAUACAGCAGAUUUCGAAACUGUUCGUUUACUAAAGGAAAAGUUGUGCUAUGUGGCUUAUGAUGUGGAGAAAGAACAGCGUCUAGCUCUGGAAACGACAGUACUCACAGAAUCUUAUACAGUAAGUAUUCAUAGAUAUUGGCUAGCGUAA